UUCGAGCUGGGCGCUGUCCGCAUCCUUGACCUUGGCCGAGCACCCUGCUGUCAGAAAGACACAGGGAGGCUUAUCGGCAGGGAUGUGUGACCCACACUGUGGACUUUGGGCGUGGGACUGUCCCCAUGGGCAUCUGAGUUCCGGGCGAUCAGAGGGAGUGUUGGCCAGAGCCAGGGCAGUCCCCCAGCCCCCAUUAGCUUUGCCACGGCUCUGCCCUGCUAGCUGCUCUGCCUCGAGCCGGCUCCAACCAUGAAGCUCCUAUCGCUGACUUUGGUGGCUCUGCUGCUCUUGUCCCAGCUCACUCCAGGUGACGCCUUGAGGUGCUGGAACCUUCAUGGCAAAUGCCGCCAGAGGUGCUCCAGGAAGGAGAAGGUCUAUGUUUACUGCACAAACGGCAAAAUGUGCUGUGUGAAGCCCAAGUUCCAGCCCAAGAACAAGCCAUGGCUGCUGUGAGUGCCCUGCAGCCUGGAGCCAGGAAAAGGCCCAUGAAGUCACCCUAGAUUUGAGCCGGGGGGGAUUCUUGAGCCCUUUGUCAAUAAACAUCUGUGGCUGA